UGAAUAUGAUUGAAUUUUAACUCCAUAGGAUUCUGUUUACUGAAAUCAAAGACUAUGGGACAUUUUCAGUCGUAGAAGGUUAGAAAGAAAAGAAUGAGAAAGUAAAACCCUAUACUUGCAACUGCUAAUCCCAGUAAACUCUGUUUCGGGAGUUGAGAAAAAUGCUAUUGUAUAUGCAAUUAUAUAAUUUAUUUCACAGGGUGUCGUCUGGAGAGAUUGAGAGAGAAAGAACCGACAAAACGGGAAUUCGUUAAAAAAAAUAGAGAGAUGGAUAGACAGGGUGUGAGCAGCUGGUUGAAGCCGAAAAGACAUUGUAGCACAUAUAGAGGGAGAGAGAGAGAUCGAGAGGGAAGGAGAGCGAGUAGCUUAUUGACAUUCUAGCACACACAGAGAAGGAGGGAAGGAGAGCGAGUAGCUUAUUGACAGAGAAGGGGGGAGAGAGAGAGAGAGAGAGCUGAUAAUGGGUGAGAAACAGUGCCAUGUUGUUAUGGUUCCUUGGUUAGCCUUCGGCCAUUUGAUUCCCUUCCUGGAGCUCUCUAAUGCCUUGGCAGCCAAAGGGAUCAACAUUUCCUUUCUUUGCACCCCAAGAAACAUAGAAAAGCUUCGGCCGAAGAUCCCCCGGCACCUCACUUCCCGCAUCAAUCUCUUGGGCUUCCCGUUGCCUCCUGUAGCUGGUUUGCUUGAAAACGCUGAGGCCACUUUUGAUUUGGAGCAAGAUGCUGUGCAGUACCUAAAGAAAGCCUACGAUAUGCUGCAAGAGCCGUUGGAGAAGCUGGUGAAGUCGACGUCCCCAGAUUUGAUUAUAUACGAUUUCGCCGCUUACUGGGCUCCCCCGAUCGCUCUCAAGUUGAGCGUCCCCUGCUCCUUCUACAGCGUCUUCACUGCUGGAUCUACAUGUAUUACUCGUUAUCUCUUAAAGCUCUCUGCCAUAACCGGCAGACAGUCAACACCCGAAGAUCUGUUACUUGCUAACUGUUUCAGUUUCCCGUCGCCCGUGAGGUACAAGCUGCACGAGGCGGUGCGGCUUUGCAGCGGCAUAGGACACAAUGCGUCUGGUGUCUCUGAUGUAGAGCGCUUCGAAUCGGCGUUCCGGGGAUGCCAAAGCCUGCUUGUUAGGACUUGCAUGGAGUUCGAAGGGGAAUAUGUUGCUGCCCUUCAAGAGAUCUGCCAGAAACCUGUGAUUCCCAUCGGUAUGCUCCCUGCAGCAGCAGUAGAAGAAGAAGCUUCAAGUGUAUCGAGCCCUGAAUGGGUUGCGUGCCUUAGGUGGCUAGAUCAGCGAGAUCCUAGAUCCGUUGUGUUUGUGGCUUUCGGUACAGAGGCCAGGCUGAGCAAGGAGGAGAUAGAAGCGAUAGCGGCGGGGCUGGAGCUAUCCAAUCUACCCUUCUGCUGGAUAUUAAGGAGGCCGAGCCAUGUUUCUGCUUCCAGCACUGCUGGUGGUGGCGGACCUGGCGGUAAUGAUAAAGAAGACGAUGUUGAUGAUCCUCUGCCACCUGGUUUUCGAGACCGAACAGCACAACGAGGGUUCAUUAGCAUGAGCUGGGUGCCCCAAGUGAAGGUCUUAGCUCAUGGGUCCAUUGGCGCAUGCCUUUACCAUGCCGGGAUGAGCUCCACCAUGGAGGCCCUCCAGUUCGGUUUGCCUCUUGUUCUUUUGCCUAUGGUGAUCGACCAAGGGUUGGUAGCAAGACUAUUGGUGGAGAAGAAGGUCGGCGUCGAGGUGGAGAGAGAUGAGAAGGAUGGGAGGUUCACUGGGCUUGAGGUUGCCAAGGCACUGAGGCUCGUCAUGGUUGAAGAUGAAGGGAAGAUCAUUCUAGAGAAAGCAAGGGAACUGAAGUCCAAAUUCGAUGACCAGGAACUGAAUGAUGGCUACAUUAAUAGGUUGGUUAAACUCAUAAGGGGCCAAGGAAAUGAAGAAGACGAAGAAAAGGCUUCAGCAAGUAAUGAAUUGAACUCAAAACCAUCUACCCUUUAGAGGAGGAAGCCAGCUGGUUCUGGUGGUUGUGGUAUGUAGCCUCGUACGCAACUGCAACUCUUUAUCUCCCUCUCCAGAUACGAUUGAAGCUAUGAUUGAAAGGUUAGCUCUUACAGUGGAAUAAAGGUCGAGCGUUUUUCUGUUUUU